CUUCCUCAAGAGUCUGCCCAGUAGAGCAGAAAUAUAAUCUCCUGCCCUGAGCUCUCAGGAGAUUAGAUACUGUGGGUCAUGACAAAGCUGCUUAUGUUGGAAUACGCAGUGCACCGAGGUUCCUAUGUUCACAGACGGUUUACCUGGAGCCGUUUCUCAGCACAGAGCGAGAGAGCAGUACCAAGUGGGGCUUCACCGGGAAUGGUGAGCAGUUAUGGUGACUGCGUAGCAGGCAGAGGUGUGCUUACGUUCUUCUGGGUAAACUUUCUGCCGUGCGUCAUAUGGAGGGCCAGGCAGUCGCUGCACGGAUGAGGGAGUGGUGGGUGCAGGUGGGUCUGCUGGCUGUGCCCCUGCUUGCGGCCUACCUGCAUAUCCCACCCCCCCAGCUUUCCCCUGCCCUUCACUCCUGGAAGUCGUCAGGCAAAUUUUUCACCUACAAGGGACUGCGCAUCUUCUACCAAGACUCUGUGGGUGUGGUUGGAAGUCCUGAGAUAGUUGUGCUUUUGCAUGGCUUUCCAACAUCCAGCUAUGAUUGGUACAAGAUUUGGGAAGGUCUGACCCUAAGGUUUCAUCGAGUGAUCGCCCUUGAUUUCUUGGGCUUUGGCUUCAGUGACAAACCGAGACCACAUCACUAUUCCAUAUUUGAGCAGGCCAGCAUUGUGGAGGCUCUUUUGCGGCACCUGGGGCUCCAGAACCGCAGGAUCAACCUUUUGUCUCAUGACUAUGGAGAUAUCGUUGCUCAGGAGCUGCUCUAUAGGUUCAAGCAGAAUCGAUCUGGUCGGCUUACCAUAAAGAGUCUCUGUCUGUCAAAUGGAGGUAUAUUUCCUGAGACUCACCGUCCUCUCCUACUCCAAAAGCUCCUCAAAGAUGGAGGCGUGCUGUCACCCAUCCUGACACGAUUGAUGAACUUCUUUGUAUUCUCCCGAGGUCUCACCCCAGUCUUUGGGCCGUACACCCGCCCCUCUGAGAGUGAGCUGUGGGACAUGUGGGCAGGGAUCCGCAACAAUGAUGGAAACUUAGUCAUCGACAGUCUCUUACAGUACAUCAACCAGAGGAAGAAGUUUAGAAGACGCUGGGUGGGAGCUCUUGCUUCUGUAACUAUUCCCAUUCAUUUUAUCUAUGGGCCACUGGAUCCCGUAAACCCCUAUCCAGAGUUUUUGGAGCUGUACAGGAAAACGCUGCCGCGGUCCACAGUGUCGAUUCUGGAUGACCACAUUAGCCACUAUCCACAGCUAGAGGAUCCCAUGGGCUUCUUGAAUGCAUAUAUGGGCUUCAUCAACUCCUUCUGAGCUGGAAAGAGUAGCUUCCCUGUAUUACCUCCCCUACUCCCUUACCUGUUGUGUAUUCCACUUAGAAAGAAAUGCCCAAAAGAGGUCCUGGCCACCAAACGCUAUUCUCUCACAAAAGUCCACCUGACUCACUUGUGAUCAGCAUAUAGUAAAAAGCCCAAGGAAGCUCUGGCUAAGGAUGGCCCGAACAGUCCACCUCCCAUUCUUCUAACAUCUGAGCGAGUGUAUGGACUUGCCUUUGUCUUUGUGCUAUCAGAAAAUUCUGAUGAGCAUGACUACUCACAGAUUCAGAAAGACAGACAUUUUUAAAGUCUUUCUGACAAUUCUGUGGACUUUUCUGGAAUAUUUAGAAAUGCUAAUUUCUGGCCCAUCCUCGAUUGGAAUCCUACGGUAAAGAAUGAGGAGAGGGGGUCUCCUUACCUGUCCUCAAAUGGCCGUAAGGGCACAUGCUUUCAUAACUUCUCUAAGCAACACGGCUUAGAGUGAGUCUCCCUUGUCAUAACUUUGGAUUUCGUUCCAUCAGCUGCUUUUAAUGAUAGGCAUUUUGUUGACCUAGGUUUUGGUUUGAAUAUGCAGUAUUCUAAGUAUACUUUAAUACUAUGAUUUACCUGCACGUAUUAUAUGUAUUUUAUAAGGAUACUAAACCAGCAGAUACUCUGGCAGAGUAGUGAACCUUAUUCAACAGGUUUCAUUUCUGAGUAAACUGAAUUAAACCCAAACUAUUUACAGAAUUUCCUAAAAAAUCACAGGAUGUUAAGGACCAGUAGCAUCCUUGCCAGAGAUUUACUGUUAUUAGCUAAUUCUAACAGCAAAUAACAGUCUGACUCUUCAUACCUCAGUGCUUAGAAGCAUGUCCCUCCUGAGCUGGAGGGGAGGGGAUCGUUGUAUAGUCCAAGUUACCGUGCUGAAUGUACAUGGAUUCCUUUUAUGACGAUUACUUAACUUCUCGUUGGUUGUCCUAGAGAAGCUUCCUCUUGUAGCUCAGUAAUUCCUGUACUUUGUAGACAGGAAAGUUCUGAAACUUUAAGAACAAAUUCUGAAAGGCCUAUGCGCAAAUGGUGCUGAAUACGUUUUUUUUAAGCCACAGCUUCACUGUCUUAGUCAAAACAGGAUGAUUGAGUGAUUAUUUUAAAUUCUUUUUUUUUUUAUUAGCAACUUGAAGUAUAACGACUGAAACUGGAAUAAGUGUUUAUUUUCUAUUAAUAAAAAUGAAUUUUGACAAAA